AACCUCUACAGCAGGGCGAGUUUGCGCGUGCCCGUGGACUCGCCAUAGAAAACAAAGCUGAACGUCUUCCAUAUCAGCAAGGGGUGCAGGCGUGAGGAAUAUCGGAAUUUAUUCUGGCUACUCCUGACAGAAUAUGGAUGUACAGUGGGUGUAGUAUCGUUGAAGACCGAGCCUCUCGGCUGGGGUGACGGCAGGACAUUAGCAAAACCGACGAAAAUAACAUCUGUGUCUUUUUUCUGGGGGUGCUUUGUCUUGUCCACCUAACGAAAGCAAACCAUCAUUCUCAUUUCAAUUGCGAGAAUUUCAGCUAGUGAAUACUAGCUGCUGCCGGGAUGUAUUACCAUGUUGUCACCUAAAAGUAACUGAUAGGACGUCGGAUUGUAAAGGAAAAGAAGAAAACCUCUCCCAGGUCCCAACGGGUUGUGACCGGGACCUGAAUCUGUGUUAGCCACAGCCGCGGAAGCCACUGUUGUCGGCGAUAUGGCGGAGCAAGGCUACUCAUCUUGGGCAUACUCCCUAGUUGACUCCAGCCAGGUGUCCACCUUCCUUAUCUCCAUCCUUCUCAUCGUCUAUGGCAGCUUCAGGUCAUUAAAUAUGGAUUGUGAGAACCAAGAGAAGGAUAAGGACGGUAACUCCACAACAGCAGGGUCUUUUAAUAACAGCAACACAAACAACAGCAUUCAGACUAUAGACUCAACACAGGCUCUGUUUCUGCCAAUUGGAGCCUCAGUGUCUCUCCUAGUCAUGUUCUUCUUCUUUGACUCGGUACAGGUGGUCUUCACCAUCUGCACUGCAGUUCUUGCUACAAUUGCAUUUGCAUUCCUCUUGUUGCCAAUGUGCCAGUAUCUGACCAGACCCUGCUCCCCACAGAACAAGAUUUCGUUUGGUUGCUGUGGGCGUUUUACACUGGCUGAGCUCCUGUCAUUCUCCCUCUCUGUGAUGCUGGUGCUCAUCUGGGUGCUGACAGGACACUGGCUUCUCAUGGACGCUUUGGCAAUGGGCCUGUGUGUCGCCAUGAUAGCCUUCGUUCGGCUUCCCAGUCUGAAGGUGUCGUGCCUGCUGCUGUCAGGACUGCUCAUUUAUGAUGUAUUCUGGGUCUUUUUCUCAGCCUACAUCUUCAACAGCAAUGUGAUGGUCAAAGUUGCCACCCAACCUGCUGAAAAUCCCAUAGAUGUUCUGUCCAGGAAGCUCCACCUGGGGCCGGGAAUGGGCCGUGAUGUGCCCCGCCUCUCCUUACCUGGAAAAUUGGUCUUUCCCAGUUCCACAGGAAGUCACUUCUCAAUGCUGGGAAUAGGAGACAUUGUAAUGCCUGGGCUGCUCUUGUGCUUCGUCCUGCGUUAUGAUAACUACAAGAAGCAGGCAAACGGGGAAGUCCCUGGGCCCGGUAACAUGUCCGGUCGUAUGCAGCGUGUCUCCUAUUUCCACUGCACUCUCAUCGGGUACUUUGUGGGUCUGCUGACUGCCACUGUGGCCUCCAGGAUCCAUCGCGCUGCUCAGCCUGCUCUUCUUUACCUGGUUCCCUUCACCCUGCUGCCUCUGCUCACUAUGGCCUACCUGAAGGGGGAUUUGCGGCGCAUGUGGUCAGAGCCUUUCCACGCCAAGACCAGCAGCUCUCGCUUCCUGGAGGUAUGAUGCACCUGGGGAUGAACAACCAGCACGGGGAAGACUGCUGAUCUUUUUCCUUGAUUAGAGGGAAGGAGAGGGCGCGCACUCGCAGUGAGGCCAUGUCGUCAUCACUUGUUCAUACUUUCCACCAAACUUCUGUGAAAACCCUCAGAAGGACACCAGUGUGUGGAUCACAAAUGCCCCAACACAACUCAUCUUUGGUCCCUACAUCUUCCUUGUUUCAUUUCAGCUUCCUCGUUGCUGUUUAUUUCCUUUUCAUUUUAGCACAUCCUGCCUGUGCUGCUUUUGUUCUGUCUCCCUGCCUUUUUUCCACUUCUGUAGUUGAUCUUGUUUGCCAUUUCCGUCACAUACGGUGUUCCAACCAUCAGGCCUCUUCUUUCUCUGCUUUUUCCUUCUUUUUCUUCUUUGAUUUCCUUUGCAUCUGUAUCUCUCAGAUUAAUUCAGUUACCCCCCCACCCUCACCCCUUUUAACAGACUUACAGUUGUGAGACAUGACUGAGAUUUAUAUACAUUUUUUUUAAGAAUUGUUGUGAUCAUUAUUAUUAAUAUUACAAUUAUGGAACUAUUUAAAGAAAUGAAGAUGGAGUGUUACAUCAGCCCACAACAGUAACCAGGAGCAACAACACAGUAACGGAGGAGUCUUCCCUCUCCACCCGUUUCCCUCUUUCAUCUUUGCUCUCUUCGUCUGUUCCAUCUUUCUUCCACGAUGACUUCUCAUCUUACACUCUCAGCGCGCCCCGACCUCCUCGUCCUCUGUUCAUCUGCUGUCCUCACCCCACCCCCCACCCUCACAGAUAACUAUGUAUUUUAUUUAGAAAAGUUUUAUUCUUGGCAUAUACAGAAAUGAUGCAUUAUAAAUUGUUAAGCCACCCCCCUCCCUCCCAAACUUUGGAGGGGUUGCUUCUAUUUGUAUAUAUGUGUACACAUGUAUUUGUGUUUGAGAGCAUGUUGUAUAGAUGGGGAAACUGACGCCAGCCAGAAGAAGGAAUUUGGUGAACUUUGGCUGCCAGUCUCGUCUCGGGUCCGACUCACGAGCAGAGCCCGUGCUCUGAUGUUUGUGGGUUUGUGCACACAACAGUUGCUGGUAGAUAACAAAGUUAGUUUCCUUCUCUAGUGUUAAAGUGUGUGUGUGAAUGAUAACAGAAGACAUGAGCAAACGGUUGUUUUACUUUGUUUUAAUUUGAAUCCAUGACCUUGUUUAAACAGUGGCAAUAGUCAGGUUUGCAUUAAGCUGUGUGUGUGUGUGUUCGAUUAAAGGGUGUCAAACACAUGACAAGUUGAUUUGAAAUGGUAUUUGUCUCCAUGUAAAAUUAAAAAAAAGGAUAAAUAAAUAAACAGUUGAAACU